CGUUUAUGGACGAACAGACGAACAAGGCAAAGCAAUGAAGCAGGAGAGGAGUGCUGCAUGGGACGUGACCAAUCGAAGACUUCUCAUUUUAGCACCUCUCAAGUACCGUUACCAAUCAGCGGAGUACGAGCCAUCCCUAUAUCCCAAACGCGGCUCCCGUGUGAAAGUGGCGCUCGAUAACGGUAUCAAAACGCAGUCCCGAGUGCAUCCGAGUCCCGGCAGCGCUCGCACGCUUGUGUGGGCGCUCCCAUUGACGGCAUCAUGCAACAUGGUGACGGAGGAGAACGACGAGCACCCGCAUACCGAGGAGGAAAAGACACCGACGCAGGAAAAGGACAGUAACCUGCUGUCGCGGUCGGACAGCAGCGAGAUCUUGAUCCAGAGCAGCAUGGAUGACAUCUUCGACGUAAUUAAGGCCGGAGAGCUGUCGGAGGUGGAGAACCUGGUGGAGAAGGUUGGACCGGAAGCGUUGAGUGCUAGGGAUAAGCAUGGAUAUACGCCAGCGCAUUGGGCGGCCUUGGAUGGUAACGUGGAGAUGAUGCGUUACUUCGUGGAACGCAAUGCUCCGGUUGAUUUGCCAUGUUUGGGGACGCAGGGUCCAAGGCCAAUACAUUGGGCUUGUAGGAAAGGUCAUGCAGCUGUGGUUCAAGUUCUCUUGCAGGCGGGUGUUGCAGUAAAUGCGGCUGAUUUUAAGGGAUUGACCCCGCUGAUGACGGCUUGCAUGUAUGGUAGAACGGCUACUGCGGCAUAUUUGCUAGGAAUGGGCGCUCAGAAUCAUCUAACCGAUAUCAAUGGUGAUACAGCGCUGCAUUGGGCAGCUUACAAAGGGCAUGCGGACUUGAUUAGGCUGUUGUUGUACUCGGGUGUAGAUCUCCAGAAGACGGAUAACUUCGGAUCAACGCCGUUGCAUUUGGCCUGUUUGUCCGGUAAUCUUCAAUGUGUGAAGAUACUUUGUGAAAAGCGCAACCUGGAGUUGGAACCUAGAGAUAAGAAUGGGAAGACUCCGCUGAUGUUGGCUCAAAGUCAUCGGAACAACGAUGUUGUGAAGCUGCUGCACAACGAGAUCAAGAAAAAAUCUAGAUGGAUGCCGCCAAUCUCGGAGCUCUGGAGCUUGCUGUUUGGAGGAGCUGGUGCCUCCAAGGGCCCGCUUAUCUUGUUCCUAUUUUCGGUUUUGAUUUGGGGAUAUCCGAUGUAUAUGAUCAGGUGCAUCCCAAUCACGUGGAACGUACUCCGAAGAUCGCAUUAUUGCUUCAUAUAUUGGAAUGCGGUCAUGUGGAUUAGCUGGAUAAUAGCCAAUCGUCGCGAUCCGGGAUAUAUCCCGCUGAAUUCGGAUACAUACUACCGGGCCAUCAAACAGAUCCCAUACUUUGACAAGUGGAAGAAACGUAAUGUGAUCCUAUCGCGACUGUGCCACAGCUGUCGAUGUCUGAGACCUCUGCGUGCUAAGCAUUGCCGCAUUUGCAACCGAUGUGUAUCGUACUUCGAUCACCAUUGUCCGUUUAUCUACAACUGCGUUGGGUUGCGAAAUCGCAUGUGGUUUUUGCUCUUCGUUUUGAGUGUGGCAAUCAACUGUUCGUUCACCAUCUAUUUUGCCUGCUACUGUGUUAUGAUCGAAGGAUUCAGUUUACUAUACGUGUUGGGACUAGUGGAAGCCUUCGUUUUCUGUGGACUUGGAUGGAUCCUCACGUGCACUUCGAUUCUCCACGCUUGCAUGAACCUCACAACCAACGAGAUGUUCAACUAUAAGCGCUACCCUUAUCUGCGGGAUAAACGAGGCCGCUACCAGAAUCCGUUUUCCCGCGGCCCGGUGCUGAAUCUGUUUGAGUUCUUCGUAUGCUUGCCGGAUCGCCAGGACGAGCAGGACUUCAUGCUGGAUGAGAAUCUUUGAAAAUUACCAAACCCGAGCGUGAAACGAAAACGACUAACCAGCAGUUAAACUAGCGUGCGCGGUUUGCACAGCUGGGUUGCAUUUUGCUCCGCAUUUUUCUCACUUCACAUUCUGAUAGAUAUUUACAUACACGAACAUCGCGGCAUCGAACCGAAGAUCAAUCCAAACUUUACGCUUGAGAAUCUUAGCGAUUUGACAUUGCUAAUGUGUUAGUUGAUAUGUGAAUCAGUCAAGGACUAGUGAUAUACUAAAUGACAAUUACGAGAAACAGACCUAAUAUUUGAAAAAUUUAUCGAUUGAAGCGGUAUAUACCUUUUUGGGCAAACGACUAAAUGAUAGUAUUCGCUGAGUCUAAAUAUACCUAUUUUAAUGCAUCAAAAUUUAAAUGAAUCAAAAUCAGGAGCAAUCAAAUAUUUUUAAAACUUAUGUCUGUUUCUUCGUAUUUCGUUGGAUCCAAUGUACUACGUUAUACAAAACCAACAAACGAAAUUUUAAGACAUUAUAAUAAUUUAAGGAAGUUCUUUCAAUUCAAACAAUUUGAUUGACAGGUUCUAUCAUUGGUUAUAAAAUAUCUUUAUUACUCCUUCAAGAGUAUUGCGUUUAUGAAUGUAGGGUUUUGCAUCCGGUUUACUCAAUAAUCGUUUGGCAUUUUUGUAAACUUUUUUCUUCAGAUUGAUGAAACUUGUAGUCAACGUUCUCGAUUAUAUUACUUGAAACUUUAUAUCAUAAGAGAAAGAAAAUGGUUAUAUAUCAAAACUGAAAAUCAUGCAUUGUUGUUGAAAUUUAUAUAAAGAUUCAUAUGAACUAAUAAUGUUAUGUUGAAUACGAAAUUUCAAAUGGAAGUACGAAAUACUUUCUAAUGUUACGCUAAAUUUUAUCCUAACACCUUACACUGCCCAUAAUAGCUUAACUGUAUCAUAUCGAUAUAGAAUCCAUAUCACUAUGGGACAGUUAUGCUCGCAGCGACAGUACACAAAUGUGCUUUAAAGUUUAGUUUACUCAAUGUAUGAGAGUGUUCGAUAAUUUAAUGGAUUGCACAAGAGAUAGAUUAAUGUUAAAAUACUAAGUAUAAACUAAAAUCAUUCCGAGGCUACAUAAACUAUAAUACAACUGAAAAAUGAGAAUGUGCGAUUCAGGUAGUAAUAAGAAACAAAUUCCAAUCAAGAAAUAGUAAUGUAAUUCAACUUGCAUUCGAAAACAAAAUCAAACAAUUUGAAUAGGGUCCGUUAAUGGCGUCAAUAUUCGUGAUUUGAAUGCGAGAGUUAACGUUAAUUUAAUUUGUUUUAUAUUAGCCCUUAUCCCGAGAAUUGAUAAGCGGCAGUGAUCACUCGUGAAGAUUAAUGAAGGGAAACGCGUAUUAGCGUAUUGUGACUGUUUCGGAAAAUUAGAUCACUCACACUAGAUGUUAAUGGAGAACAUAUUUUUGUCAUACAGUUUAUCUGCUUUAGUGCUUUGAAUAAAAAUUUCAUACGAACAAGAAGUGUUAUUGUCAAUUUCAUGAAGAGAAAUAAUAUUGUUGAUCAACAAUUGUUUAGAGUUUGACUUCACGUAAAUUCGAUUAAAAUGAAAAAUUGAUUUUGGUCAUGAAACGAGCAGGUAAAUGACAAACUGGAUAUCAACUUAAGUAAAUGUAUGGUUUUGGAAACCUGGGAAACUUCAAUGGGACAAGCCUCCCGGAAUCCAAAUUAAAAUCUACUCGCGUAAAUUUAUAUCUGGUCCAAAUUUCUUAACAUUUGCAUAUUCGACCAUGCACUGUGAAUUUCUGAAUGAAUAUCAGCCAGAGAGUAUUUUUAUUUGGAUUUGAAAAGGAUUAAAAAAAUUACCCUUAUAGAUCUGAUCAAGGCCAAUUAUGUUUUUUCUCCAACGCAGUGAGUGAGUCCCGCAAAACGGAUACGUUUGUCAUUCCACGAUAUGAGACCAGUCUUAUAUAAGGGCAUUUAAAAUUGCUGAAAAUUUUAAUGGUUCGGUUCAGCAACAGAACGCACCACAUUACCACAAAGAUUUUCUUCACUUCAGCGUAUUAUACUCAGUCAUACAUAUUUCUGGCAUCAAUAGUUAUUUUGAGCCAUUUUCCUCAGCAAUGAAUAUCCAUAGAGAAAAGACUAUUCAUUAUCAGGGCGACUGGAGAGGGAAGCGUAUGCCGUCUGUCGUCGUAACUCAAGUAGAGAAAAAUAAUCUUGCUCCACGAAGUACAACGUGGGACUCAAGAAAAAGCAAUCGCAAAGUCGAACCAAACAAAGUUUACCUACCUAGAUAUCUGGUCGGCUGCAGCGUCGAUACAUUCCAACUGGAACUUGGUUUUCAACUUAGUAUUUUAUUCGCAUUUUCUUAGUUAUUUAUUGGAAGCUAUUCUAUGCCCGCCAUUGCAUAAGUAUGUAUCUUGUGUGGCAAGUACAAUGGAUACACUAUGCGCAGGGUGUCGAGAAA